UAUUAAUGGAGCCAUACGACACUGAGACAAACGGUUCCUCGUUGGAAAGUGAUGGCAGACUGGAAACGCAAGAAGAGGGCUUUGUGGAAAGGACUCGUGUCGUCGGUUGCCAUUUCCUGGAUCUCUGGUUGGCAGUUCGAGAAAACCUUCGAAGGGUAUUCAUCUUGGGGAAGAUUGUCUAGUAGCUAGCCAACAAUAGAUCUCGAGCUGCUUGUGGUUAAUGAUGAUGGCCUCUCUAUCUCUAUCUAUUGCCUGUUCAACAACGUCAACAUAAAAUAAGGGGCAAUGGAUGGACGGCUGUGGUCGAAGGGUUAACACGGUAGUCUCAUUAGGGUUUUUCUAUUUUUGGAAAAAUCAACUAAAAAGUGCGCUGGCUUAUUCACUUUUUCUCCCAGGAAUGAACCGGAAAACACGAUUGCUACCAUGGCAGAGCUGCUUCCGAAAAGCCACAACAUCCAUGACUGCUAAUGAUACCUACGAUAACCAGUGUAGCCAUCACGACUUGAGACUUGAGGGAGAUAUCCAGCAUCAAGCUCUGUUUGCUUUGCUUUGCUUUGCUUGGCUGAGAUACCCAAUGUAAUCACUGCUGCACCUCGUACGGUAUCAAGAGCAGAGGUGCGAAACAAGAAUCAGAUCUUUCGUUGCAAGUCCUGGUUUCUUCUGGACCUGGUUGCGAGUGUUUCUUUCCCAAAGAAUUGAUAAUAAUAAUUGGCCCCUGCUCAAUCAAGCCUUUGAAUUCUUACGAGCUGGGUAUCAUGAAGCAAGCACAAGCCCCUUCGACGAAGAGCGCACAAAAGAGUGCCUCACAAAAACCAAAAGCCAAAUCCAAAGUUGGCAGUAAAUCCAACAAGCCUCCAUCCAAACAGCAGAAAGCAACUUCUACUCCCAUGAUUGCCACGGCUUCUGCCAACAUGGCCCCCGAUACGUCGUCCCUGUUGGGGGGGAUAUGGAUUGAUGCCCCCAGCAGCGGUAGCAAUGGAACUGACGUGGAUGUGGAUACCGUCAUCUCGGAAAUCACUCACGAUCUUACUGCCUUUGCCGCUGACUCUGCCAAGAAACCCGUGUCCAAACCAACAACCAGCAAACCAGACAACAAACCACCCGUGGCCAAUGCGGAUGCCUUGAUGGAAGAAUUGCUCAACUGUUUGAAUGGAGCCACGGGAAGGGCCACUCCUGCCAAGGCGGCUGGAAUCAAAAAGAAGGCUCCCACCACUCCCAGUACGGCCCAGAGCACUCCGGAUCGUCCCGUCAAGGCCGCCCCUGCUGCUGCCAAGAAGAGGACUUCCAAAAGCUCGGAUUCAGUUGCCAUUACCAACAAGUCCUUGUCUACGGCAGGAUCAGCUACAGCUACUGCCACGGGAGCUACAGCCAGCACUACCACCACGGCGAAACAAUCUACCAAAGUCAAGCCACCGGCAACUCCCACGCCCCAAAAGAAAAAGGCCCCUACUAUGGGUAUGGACGUUUCACCCAAUCCUCAUGUGCGCAAGCCAAAGCCAGCUCCAACUACUGCAGCUUCAGCCGUACCAAAACCACCAAAGGCUGCCCCCAAAACGACUGGCAUGGCCAUGAUGAAAACACCCCCACCCACAACAGCAACAACAACAUCACCCAACAAUAAUAGCAACAACCUCGGGUUGUCGGAAUUAUCCAAACAGCUGCGUGUCCAACGAGCCAAGAACGAAUGGCAGCAUCAAGAAAUUGCCCGUCUCGAACGACAAAUUCGAAUCUUGUCCGACUUGAAGGGCGUCUCGGUGGCGGAUCUGCGAUUCUCCCUCGAAUCGGCGUGUCAGGAAGAAGCGCAUGGUGAAUUGCGCAAUCAGGUCCAAUCCUUGCAGGCACAACUCGAGGCGCUCCAAACGCAACGCGAUGCGACUCGUCGACGUGCAUCCACGGCCACUACCGAAGCGGCACAAUCCAAGAUUGCCACGCUCCAGUUGCGCAUUGGAGAAUUGGAAGAAGUCGAUCAUGCCAAGCAGGCCGAAUUGCAGGGUCUCUAUCAACAGUUGCAAGGACAGUCGCAAAAGACCACCACGUUGCAAACCACCAAUGAUCAACUGGCGGGGCGAUUGCAACAGUUCGAGAACAUUGCCAAACAGUACAUUCAGGAUUUGGAGGGAAUCACCGGUGAACGGGAUACCUUGCGUCAACAAGUCGCCGCGCUGUCGCAGCAGUUGCACGAUCAAAAGCAUCAACAAGAGUUGGCACAGGCCAUGAAGAAUAUUGAGGAUGAACUCGAUAAGGAAAAGAAGCGCAAACAGGCUUAUUUGAACCAGGCACGACAGCAACACCAGCAACAACAACAGCAACAACACAGUGCCAAUGCCAGGGGACCAGCCGUCAACAAUCGUCUUUCCGGUUCGCAAUUGGCGGCUAUUCAAGGUGUGGUCGGACGUCAGGCAGGAGUGCCCGUCAUGUCGCCACGAGCAGGUGACGCUGCCACCAUUGCUACCAAUGUAAUCCCGGACGAUGUCAUGAGCUUGAGCACCGCGAGUCAAAGUGUCAGUGUUGUGCCCAGCAAUCCAUUCGAGGGUUUGGAAGACGAUGUCAGUCACCUCGGUGCGGACGACAUGUCGGUCCACACCUUUGACGCCCUCAUGAUGAAUGGUCUCAGCGAAGAACAGGCCAAGGAGGCUUUGGCCAAGGAUGCCAAGAUUACCGAACUCUACGAAGAGUUGCGGGGUCAUGCCACCAAGGCGUCGCAACUGCAGACUCUCUGUGCCAAUCAAAAGAUGCAUCUCGAUCGAUUCGCACAAGAACUCAAUGAAAAGCAGGGAUUGCUCAAGUCGACACAGAACAAUUACAACUUUGCAAAGUCUGAACAUGAUAGUCUCUACCAACGUUUCUGUGAUGUCGAGUUGCAGUUGCGAGUCGAGCAGGAAAAGGUGGAAGGAUUGGAACGAAACUUGAACGCUCGCGUGAAUGAGAGCCAGCUGCGCGAUGAACAGAUGAAAUGCCGAUUCCAGGUCCAGACCGAGCGCAUUGCCGAUUUGGAACAACAGCAGCAAUCCUUGUACGCGGCAUUUCAGUUGCUGCAGCAAGAAGUGCGGGCUCAAGACUCGGAACACAAAACGCUCAAGUCCAGCUUGGAUGAAGCCGAUUCCGAGGUGGCUCGUCAGUUGCGAGAAAGCGAAGUGGGCGGCAACGACAGGCGAUCCAGUCUAUCGUCGCCGAUGGACAUGUCUUCCCAAAGGAAUGUCGUGUCUUCCCAAAGGAAUGUGUUUGAUGUUCCCUCUUCGGGAGGAGAGUACGGAGGUGAUUUCUCGACCGUGACCGCCACGGAAGUCUCUCCUUAUGCUGACAUGCAUGAAUCGACAAGCAGUCUCUAUGUUCCAACAGAACUCACACCACAACAACAAGGAAUCGAUCACCCCAUGCAAAUGUAUGGCUAUCUGUGGAAGCUUGACAAGAUUAAAGGGUGGAAGCGAAGGUUUUUCGCCCUCUACGGGGAGGGCGGAGUGUAUCAGAUGACGUACAGCGACGGCCCCAAGGAACGCGUCAAGGGAACUAUCUCCAACAUCACAAUGGGCGUGUCGACGGUGGCGGAAACCAACAAGUCCAUUAAGAAGCCAUUUUCUUUUGUUUUGCACGUGGAUCCUUUGCGGCACGGUGCUCCUGUGCUGUAUGCGGCUGCGCCAGAUGCGGCAAACUUUAACAAAUGGAUGAGCGCCCUGAAGGCCGCCACCAUUCGGCCUGAAGACAGCAUGUUCAUGUCUCAGGCCAAUUUGUCCGCCGAGGCCCAGGUGGAGGCCGACAUGGAAGUCGCACGUCAAAUGUCAGUCGGCGACUUGAACUACAAUAGUAGUGCUAAUGACGCGGACGCCCAAAUCGAGGCCGACCAUCUCAUGGCCAUGAGGCUCUCGAUUCAAAACCAGCCCAACCAAGCGUAUGCAUAGAAUUUAUGGUGGUGGCUGUGAAGUUUGAGAAUGCGUCUUUGUGUCUCUUGAAGGGUUUUGAGCGAGGGGACACUGUAGGUUGCAUACACGAAAUGAUGGGUCACAUGAGAAAGUAUCCCAAUGAACAAUGCACACGUACCGGUAGCUAGUACAGAGUAGAACGAAAAGAACGAAAACUUGAGCUUUGGUUUUGUAGC